AACGUCAGUGCGGGCAAAAAGAGUAUGUAAAACUGGCAGUAAAAAACAGACAACUGUUGUCAUGGCCUUCGAUGGUUUCGUCCGACUUUUCUCUCGGCUAUCCCGGCACUUGGUCUCGAGCCAUCGUCGCUAACGGUCGCGUGCAACGGAUAACGGAUUCAAAGCCCCCAAAAUUCAAGUGUUGACAUAAGGAUACCCGUGUCGCUGUGGUUUCGUUUUGCUUUAAACAUGUUCAACCCAACAUGCUGGAAGUUGGCCAUUAGUUUGGCCGUUAUCUUUUCGGUUUGCCCGACUCAAGUCCACGGGGCGUAUACUCGCGAAAUUGUUAACGAUAAGUUGCCGUUGCAGGAGAGACCUUCAUGGCUACAGACGUGCAAACGAUCCAAUCCAAAUGAGGAUAGUUGCUUUCGACAGCUCUUCGAAGGAUGUUUUCCCGCUCUGGCAGCUGGAAUUCCCGAGAUCGGGGUGAAGAGCUUUGAGCCAUUGAAUAUUGACCAGGUAUCGGUGUCCAAGGGCAGUGGCAACCUGGUGCUAUCCGGAGGAUUUCAAGACCUGGUCAUCCGUGGACCCUCCAACGCAACUGUGCGAAGGGCAAGCUUGGAUCUAAAUCGACGACUGCUCAACUUCGAGCUGGAGCUGCCUAGGCUGAGAAUCCGGGCCAAGUACAAUCUGAAGGGAAAUAUCCUGCUGCUGCCCCUCAUCGGCAGUGGAGACGUGGCCAUGGCAUUGAAGAAUGUGCACACGACGGUGUACACGAGGAUCUCCCUGCGGAAUGAGACGCGGACGGGCGACGAGAUCAUCCACAUCGAUGAAAUGAAGGUGGGCUUCGACGUGGGCGCCAUGCGAAUCCACCUGAAGAAUCUGUUCAAUGGCAACGACAUCCUGGCGGCCUCAAUCAACUCCUUCCUCAAUCAGAACGGCAAGGAGGUGAUAGCAGAACUGCGUCCAGACUUGGAACUCGGAUUGGCCGACAUCUUCCACGGCCUCUGGAACAACGUCUUCUCCAAGAUGCCCACCAAACUUUGGCUGGUUUAAUGGUCGCCGUUUAUCCGCCGUUUAUGUAUUAUAUUCAUAAUUUAUUUUGCUUUUAAACUGUGUGCUUAUUUUUUAGGCUAAUGUUUUGUACUACGAUUAAAUCAUUAGGAUUGUA